AUGGUAAGGAAGAUCAUCGAAGCAAGGCAAGAGAUACCUCAAAGGCAACUAGUGAUGCAGAAUUCUAAAAGUAUGAUUAGACAAAUAUACUUGCAGCUCCUGGGACAACAGGAAAGAAUAUCAUGGAAAUCUCUUAUGUUCAAUAAUGAAGCAAGUGCAAAAGCCAGAUUCACAAUGUGGCUACAUUUUCAUGGAAGGAUGCUGACAAGUGAUAGACUAGCAAAAUGGGGCCUUAAGGUUGAUCCAGUCUGUGUGUUGUGUCAAUGGCACCAGGAGAGUAGAAACCAUUUAUUUGUUGAAUGUGUCUUUAUUAAAGCAGUUUGGGACAGGCUACUGGGGUUGAUGAAAAGCAAACCAUACAGAGCUACAACUUGGGCACAAUAUUUCUAA